UUGGAAUGAGACUAAUAAACAUAUUAAAAAACAAUUUGAUGAUGCUGAUAGACAACAACAAGAUGAAGAAAUUGAAGAUGCUGAUAGACAACAAGAUGAAGAAACUGAUGGCACAUUACAAAUACAUCCUGAAGCUGUGUAUAUUUGUAGA